UAAAGAAGUUUUCACUUCAAAAAUUUUUGUUAAAUUUCUCGCUGAAUAUUAUUUUGGUGCAACAACACUAUAAUAAUCCACAUAACUUUACACUAAGGAAAUAACAGAUUUUUAAAGCAAGUGUGGAAUUAAAUUCUCUGAUGUUCCUGAAAAUAAAAGCUAACAUUCUAGAGACUUAUUUAGUGUAUUAUUGAUGUGAUUAGUAAAUCGCAUCUCAGAGUCAGUAAUGAUUCCUAAAUAAAAGUCAACUUUAACUACGAUCAACAUAAAAUAACUGGAAAUAAUAAAGAUAUAUUUAUUAAAAAUUUACUCAAAGAGGGAAAAGAAUACAGCAAAGUCUUUUUGGAGUAUGUAAAUAAUGGCACAACAAACGAAGGGCAAACUUUUAACAUCUACGAAGAUGACAUGAGAACGGCCACAAUUGCAUUAUUUCGAGUUCUGUUGGAUUUUCAUCACAAUGAUAGAAUUAAAUAUGAAAAAUUAUUAGAUUGGGCAAGACAUAACAUAAACAGUGAUAUGCUAGAUUAUGCUAAACGUCUAGUGACGUUGAUCAGUGAAGAUAAUAUCGAAGAAAAAUUUUUGCCGCCAUUUAUUGCCAAACCGAAUUUCUUCGUUAAUGGUGAAACCAUACUUAAGGCGUUAUACGUCAAACGAAAUAAAGGAAAAAUUAGUGACGAUGUUAUGAACAUUUACCAAAUUUACGAUAUUGAUAACAAUAUCAUAGCUAUCAAUGCAAAUUAUUCCCAAUGGAACGGUCCCUUCGACGCAUGUGAUAAAAAUAUUAAAUAUUUUACGGAAGAUGUAGCACUGAAUAGCUAUUAUUAUGGACUACAUCUUUUACACCCAUUUUGGAUGAGCAAUGAAGAAUUAAGUGAGCUGAAUCCUCGGCAUGCUGAACAUUACUAUUUCGCCCAUCGGCAACUCUAUGCCCGUUACUUAUUAGAGAAAAAUCAUUUAGAUACAAGUUUAAAGUUGCAAGAUGAAACGUGCACUUUUGAUAACUGUCCUUACUUGUAUUAUGAAAACGGACUUCCAUUCCCUACGAGAUCUUAUCUUAUAGGACAAGACAUUAAAUAUGACGUGGCGUAUUUAAAAUCCAUUGAUACGGCUAUUAAAGAGUGCAUUCUUAGAGAAAUGGUUGUCAUGGAGAAUGGAACGUACAUCAGGAUAGAUGAUGAUAAUUAUAUAGAUCUUUUGGCCAAGCUCAUUCGAGCUAACUUCGAUGGAAUAAAAGCAGCAAAAGUAAUAAGAUCGCUGUUUGGAUAUGGAUAUAAUGGUUAUCCCUCUGACAAAGCCAAUCCUUCUCCAUCGCUAUUAAACCAUCCACAAACGACACUACGUGAUCCUGUUUACUGGAUUCUUAUACGUGAAGGUCUAGGAUAUUUCUUAAAAUACACAGAUAAGACGGAGCCACUCAACAUUUCUACAUACGAAACCGACGAAUUUUUCAUAUCUGACGCUAAUUUCUCUAGACUGGCAACUAAUUUUGAUUACUUUCUUUUUAAUUUGUAUAAUUCACUAGAAAGCGACCCACUAAAUUCUACUGUUAAACCAUCUCUUAAUAUUUUUGCAAGACAAAGAAGACUUAAUAAUGAACCAUUUAUAUUAAACUUUACAAUAGAGUCUAAAACACAAAAAGAAGUCUCGAUAAGUUUGUUUUUAGGUCCUAAUUGUAAUUUGGGCACUUGUCACGAGAUGUAUAUUAGAUUUUUCCAACUUGAUUGUUAUAGGCAUAAACUGAGGGAAGGCAUUAACAGGGUAACUUGGACUCCUGAUAUGUCUUCUAGAUAUAAUGACUAUGAUGAGAAAAAGUUGGUGGAUUUUAAUAAGGAAACAAAUUAUGACAUUUUUAAAUUUCCAAAGAACUUAAUAAUACCAAAAGGAACGGAACAAGGUCUUAACCUAACAUUGUUCAUUAUGGUACUUGAUGAAAAAGAACUAAGCGAUGUUUCUUCAAAUUUUAGAAAAUACAAUAAAAUCAUCCGUGAAGUUGACACUAAACCGCUAGGGUUCCCAUUCCACAGAAAGGUUGAUAUAUUUAAUGGAUCUGCUUCAAAUUAUAGAUUUUUUAAUAUUACGAUCUUUCACGAUCACAGUUACCCAGACAACACCGGCUUUUUCUCUUCAUAUUUGUAUUAGUUUAGCCCAUUUAUUAUUGAUUAACAUAUUUCAAAAAAUAAACAUAUCAAAGCUUUUUUCAUUGAUAUUUUACUAAUCACGGUUUAUUAAUUAGAAGUCUUUUAUGCAACUGUCUUAAAGUUAAAGGUUAAAAAACACGUAAUGUGGGUUUUGGGGAUAAUAAUAUGGUAAUAGAAACUUAAAUAGUAUCACAGGGGUGUUUUUAUACCCGAUUAUAAUACAGUUGCAUGCAAGACUUUAUCUACACCCAUGACCCAAAAAAUGUUUGUGAAUAAUAAAUUAAAAGAUCACAAGAUGUUACAGUGUUACAAUACAACUGUGCAUACAUUCAUCUUUGUUCUGUUUCCAAAAUUACAUGCGUUGU